AUGUCUGGAAAUUGCGCAUAUGGCGAGGAAAUCACUGAUUAUGGUUGUCAGAGAACUAAUCAAGAAUGCGGCAUAAAUAUGAAAUUUCAAAAAGUCUAUAAAGUUCUCUUUCUUGAGAAUUCAUAUACAUUGUCGCGAUGUACACAAAGAUGUGUAUGCGUGAACAAUGCGUAUAUUGGAAGCGGUAGAAAAUGCAUCAAAAAAGAGUUUCUUGCGCAAUAA